AUGAGUGCAGGGGGCUGCACAGAUGCUGAACAGUUCAGGUUUGAAGCUAGUGAUGGAUGCUUCAGUGAAGCCACAGUGAAGAUGAUAUGUGCCCCACCUAACUUCCUUCAUCUGCUCUCUCUGCUGCAGAGUACUUCCCUUUCCUGUGUGACUUUUCCUCUCCCCAUUCUGUUUCCACAGCAAUCAGGACUUUAUGAGUAUAAAAUCUUCGGUGGUCUUGCUGACUGUCCCCCAAAACUGUGCGUGGAUGUCUAUAUGGACUUAGAUUUCAGGAAGCAGUGGGAUCAGUAUGUUAAAGAACUGUAUGAGAAAACAUAUGAUGGUGAAAAAGUAAUUUACUGGGAAGUGAAGUACCCUUUUCCUCUCUCAAACAGAGACUAUGUCUAUAUUCGUGAAUGUCGAGAGAUGGAUGUCGAUGGGCGGAAGAUCUGGGUUGUGUUGUCUCAGAGUGUGGCUGUACCGCAGUGCCCUGAAAAGCCUGGUAUUAUCAGAGUUAAAAGCUAUAAACAAAGUCUGGCAAUAGAAAGUGAUGGCAAGACUGGAUCUAAAGUCUACAUGUACUAUUUUGAUAAUCCUGGUGGCAUGAUUCCAUCAUGGCUGGUCAAUUGGGCUGCCAAGAGCGGUGUGCCUACCUUCUUGAAGGAUAUGCAAAAAGCUUGCCGUAAUUAUUCUAAGAGCACAUAG